UUGAAGAAUCAACAAUAAUAGAAAGAGUCUUAUCCACAACACAAAAAUAAGAUCGAAGGCUUACUAUGUAACACAACACAAAAGAAAAGAGUAUUAUCACAAAACAAAACCAAGAACUAGAAACCAGAAAAUGGCUACUAUCUUUUCCGGAGGUUCAGUUUCUCCCUUUCUUUUUCACACCAACAAGGGUACAUCUUUUACACCCAAAGCUCCAAUUCUUCAUCUCAAGAGAUCUUUCUCUGCAAAAUCAGUAGCCUCUGUAGGAACCGAACCAUCACUGUCUCCAGCAGUUCAAACCUUCUGGAAGUGGCUACAGGAAGAAGGUGUCAUCACUGCAAAGACCCCAGUGAAAGCUAGUGUGGUCACAGAAGGUUUAGGAUUGGUUGCACUUAAGGACAUUUCUAGGAAUGAUGUUAUUUUGCAGGUACCAAAAAGGCUGUGGAUAAAUCCAGAUGCAGUUGCAGCUUCAGAGAUUGGGAGAGUGUGCAGUGAGUUGAAGCCAUGGUUGUCUGUUAUACUCUUUCUUAUAAGAGAGAGGUCAAGGGAAGAUUCUGUUUGGAAGCACUAUUUUGGUAUUCUGCCACAGGAAACUGAUUCUACUAUAUAUUGGUCAGAGGAAGAGCUUCAAGAGCUUCAAGGUUCUCAACUUUUGAAAACAACAGUGUCUGUGAAAGAAUAUGUGAAGAAUGAAUGUUUGAAACUAGAACAAGAAAUCAUUCUCCCUAAUAAGCGGCUUUUUCCGGAUCCUGUGACGCUGGAUGACUUCUUUUGGGCAUUUGGAAUUCUCAGAUCAAGGGCGUUUUCUCGCCUUCGCAAUGAAAAUCUGGUUGUGGUUCCAAUGGCAGACUUGAUUAACCACAGUGCAGGAGUUACUACAGAGGAUCAUGCUUAUGAAGUUAAAGGAGCAGCUGGCCUUUUCUCUUGGGAUUACCUAUUUUCCUUAAAGAGCCCCCUUUCCGUCAAGGCCGGAGAACAGGUAUAUAUACAAUAUGAUUUGAACAAAAGCAAUGCAGAGUUGGCUCUAGACUACGGUUUCAUUGAACCAAAUGAAAAUCGACAUGCAUACACUCUGACGCUGGAGAUAUCUGAGUCGGACCCUUUUUUUGAUGACAAACUAGACGUUGCUGAGUCCAAUGGUUUUGCUCAGACAGCGUACUUUGACAUCUUCUAUAAUCGCACUCUUCCACCUGGAUUGCUUCCAUAUCUGAGACUUGUAGCGCUAGGGGGUACCGACGCUUUCUUAUUGGAAUCACUGUUCAGAGACACCAUAUGGGGUCAUCUUGAGUUGUCUGUCAGCCGUGACAAUGAGGAGCUACUAUGCAAAGCCGUUCGAGAAGCCUGCAAAUCUGCCCUUGCUGGUUAUCAUACAACCAUUGAACAGGAUCGCGAGUUGAAAGAAGGAAAUCUAGAUUCAAGGCUUGCAAUAGCAGUUGGAAUAAGAGAAGGGGAAAAGAUGGUCCUGCAGCAAAUUGACGGGAUCUUCGAGCAGAAAGAAUUGGAGUUGGACCAGUUAGAGUAUUAUCAAGAAAGGAGGCUCAAGGAUCUUGGACUUUGCGGAGAAAAUGGCGAUAUCCUUGGAGACCUAGGAAAAUUCUUCUAAUCUUGCAGGAAAAUUCUUCUAAUCUUGCAGGAAGCAUUUCAACCUGUUAAAGAUACACUGUUGUUUACAAAUGGAGUCUUCUGAGACGUACGAUGCCAUGAUUUUGCAAUCAAUCUUAAGAGGAUCGUGAUCAAUUUUGACUCUGGAGUCUGGACCAAUCCAUUACAUGCUUGAAGUUUGUAAAGAGGAAAAUGUAAUGUGUGAAAUAUAAAUUACACUUCUGUACUGGUGAUUAUUUAUAAAGCAGUUGACCAUUAUUAUUA